UUACACCUUUGGUUGGGGUCAGCUGUUUCGGACCCAGCAUGCACCGCGCGGAGUGGCGUUAUUAUUGUAAGGAUUGCUUUAUGUUCCUGAAGGUGAUGCAUUUUUAGAAGCGUUUGUACUAUUAUUUGAGUGUAUACUUAUUGUAAAAACUAGAAAUGACAUGGCUAGCUAGCAUGUCAGCUAACUAACUAGCUAGCUAGCUAGCAUGUCAGCUACUCCUGUUUCUAGCUAGCUAGCUAGCUGACAGGAGUGGUGGAAGAGUUGACGCGGGGGCGCAAACAACAGCAAAAUCAAACAAACUGAUUGAGUUCACUUCCUGGAAGAUGAACGACUUCAGCAAAAAUGGACGCACAUAAAAAGCUCAGCACGCCAACAGAUUUCAUCUCACCAAAGAUUUCCAGGAAACCCCUGGAUGACCUUGUGCCUCCAUCUCAUUUUGCAUCAAGUGUCCAGGCUGCCAGACUGGCCGCAGGCACACAGCCAUGCGUUUCCUGGAUGAACUCGAGUGUCUCCACAGCUCCACCAAAGGAUCUGUGGCUUGGUUUACCUCAGACUCGAAGAGAGAUCUCAACGCAGAGAGAGGAAAAUCAUUGCACCAAGAUGCUGCGGGGAAGCAAGACAAGCGGAAAGACUCCAGAAGAGAAGGCAUCGGACUUGAGGACGAGAUCCUCAGAGAGAGGCUACCAGUUGUCCAGAUGGGAAGAAGGGUGCUGUCUGGAGGCAGAAAAGCACAAAGCGGAAGCUGAGCGAUUGAAGGAGCAGAUGGAGGCCCUGAAGGAUGACGCGCAGAGAUAUAGGGAAGAGAAUAGAGUCAAAAACGACACCAUAAGCAGGCAGUGUCACGAUUUGGAGACGAUGCAUCAAGAAAUGAGCGAGGUGAGGGUUGAGCACAGCCAGCUCAAGGAGGAGCUCAUGCACUGCCAUGCACAGGAGGGGAAAAUAAGCUCAAAGCUAGAAAGAUUUAGGAAAGAGUCUGAUGAGGAAAUUGCAAAGAUGAUGAGAGUAGGUGAAGCUCGGCAGCUUGCCCUGAAGGCCGAAACGAACGAGCAGCAAGCCGAGGAGGCCGAAACGCUCUCUUUGAAAAUGUCGGAACAAACGCGGAAGAAGCAAGAGGAAGAGCUGCGACAGUUGAGUGCCGUUCACUGUGCGGAAUUAAACGCCGUCAGGAAAUCAAAUAAUGAAUUGCAAAGUAAACUUCAGUCAGUGACCCGGGAGAGAGACGAGUUGAAAGAGCAUCUAAGCCAAAUGGAACAAGCGUACGAGACACAAUCAGCAACUCUGCACAGUCUCCGAAAUUAUAUCGGCCAGGCUGUUGCCGACAAAGGAGAAAAGGAACAAUGCAAUGAAGCGUUUGAGAGGCUCAACAAAGACAAAGUGGCAUUGCAGAAAACUGCGGAGCUUUUGACUGUCAGACUUAACUCCAUGAGUGAGAUCGUCUCACUCCAAGAAGAGAAAAUGCUGAAGAAGGCCUCGACAGACCCACUUGUGACAGCGAGAUGUGAUGGUGUUCUUGUGCUUCACAUCUGGAGGGAGAAGGUGUUCAAACUAUGCGUCCAGCUUCGUUUGAAGGACAUAGAGCUGCGGGAUGAGAAGGCAAAACAUCUUUCAGAGGUCGUACUCACGGAGCAACAGCUGCAAGAGGAGCGGCAUCGCGCAACCGUGCUGCAGCGCAGUCUCGACGCCGGGAUAGCUGAGCUGGACCAGGAGAAAGUGGAAAAGGAGACCUUGGAACAGGACUUGGCUCAGGCUUGCGAGGACUACCAACAACUGAAGGCAAAGAGUCACAGCUUAGAGGCUGAGCUCAAAAGCACAACUGAGGCCCUGCAUGGGUUUAGUGUGACAUUUCAUCGUAAAAUAGCAGAAGUGGAUGCAGCGCGAGCUAAACUCAAUACUUUUGGCCAAAGGUUGAAUUUCGCCAGAGGCCGAGUGGAGACGGUCCAAGCUUUGUUCCUGAGGAGCGUCGCUCUGCGCAAAGUCCAGACGACCAGUAAGCCAGCAGAGCAGACAGCGGCGAGUAUCAGAAAUUUGCAGAUGGAACUUAGCUUGGUGUGUCGAGAGAGAAGCAAGCUCACGCAGGAGCUCAAAAGAACCCCGGAGCUGAUUGAGAAGGCGCUGGCUGAUAUGAAAGAAGAAUAUGAAAUCAAGCUGCGGCGGCAGCAGGAAGAGCUGGAGCAGAGUCGGGAUGAGAUGCAGAAGGCCGCGUCGGGCACAGAGGAGGUCCAGCGGAGCCUGCGGGGGGUUCUGGCCCAGCUGGAGGUGAGCAAGGGCACGCAGGAGGAGCUCCAAUCUGAACUGCGCACCCAGAAGGAGCGCAGCCAGCAAGCCCUACAGCAGCGAGUGUCUGAGAUCGAGAGCCGCUGCGCUGAAGAGCUUCGUGAGAUGGAGUUACGAGUCAGCACGGCUAAGAGAGAGCACACCAAAGCAGUUAUGACUUUACGGCAGUUUGAAAGAGCGGUAACUCGGAAACACUGGAGAGAAACUGAAGCUUUGCAAAGUGAACACACAAAGAGGGAGGUCCAACGUAAACAAACAGAAGAGGCUGAGACAAAUAGACACCGACUGCUGUUUGUCACACAGGCUCCUGUUGCUGAGCGAGAGCUGAGGAGUGACUUCCCCCGAUCUUGCGCAGCACCUCAACAAAACGAAUCUGUUCCCAGAGAGCAAGGAGGAAAAGCUGCAGAGAGAAGCUGCUUGACGGGAGCGAAACCGGCAGCAGAAGAGAGACUCCUUUCUGUUAUGGAGGAGCUCCAAACGCUCAGUGCCGCAGUGGUCAACAGCUCUGAAGACUCUGCGGAGGAGGAGGAGGGGCACAGCGGCUUUACGAGCGGCGUGCUGAAGCCGUGUUCGUGAAUUCGUACGGCCAACGCUCGCUCGCCGUACCAUGAGGUACACCUCUCGAACUACACUUACAAUAAAUGAACAGCUCUCAGAGUGAGCGUCGUUUGCAAUCUCAACAUUUAUUUUUAUACUACUUGUUGUAUCUGGAUAUGUAUGUACCUUAUGGAGUGUCUAAUUAGCAUACAAUAUGACUGAUGUGCAGCUAAUCAAUAUAUUUUGUUCACAUUAACAUUUAAUUUAACCAUUUGAUGUCUUCUCUAUCUGAUGAAACAAAGUUCAUCCAGAAAAACACACACACAAUACACACAUCGUUGUUAAUUGGAGAGAAGAGAAACCUGACAGAUUAAACAAGUAAGACAGCAUUUGGUUUAUUGUGAUGGAAGACUUGACCCAAUAAAGUGAUUUGUUAAUUAUG